GAUGAUGAUGAUGAUGAUGAUGAUCAUGACAAUUGAAUGAUGAAAUAAGUGGAUUAAUGAAAGUCGAAACAAAUGUGAUCAUCAGUAUAUGGGGAAGGGUUUUGAAAAGUUUUAAUAAAUGAGGUGAGUUUUCGCUGGCCGCUAGUCAACGAUAAGAAUUUUAAUGUCAGUCAAGUCAGUACUUGCAUGCAAUUGCCGUCUACACUCAAUACUGAAGAUCAGAUCAAAAGGCCAGAAAGAAUAAGCACAAGGAACUCGGUCUGGUUGGCAGCGAACCAAACAACAAAGAACCUAUCACCCAACAAAAUGAAGAAGAAAUUGGAGAUGGAUUGGAUUGAACAUACACUGAGAAGACGGUUUGAGGACAUCAUUGUUACUAUCACAACCUUUAAAAAAAAAAACAGAUACUGCGUAUUAUUGAAGUUUAUGCUAUACCCUCGUAUAAAUUGUGUACACAAAUCAAUAAGUUGAAGAUAUGCAAAGAGAAAAUGGAUUAGUUGAAAUCAAUAUACAUUAGAGUACAUCCACUCUACUCUCAGUUCUGUAGAUUUUAAGGUGUUCUCCCCUUUAUCAUUGGACUAUUAUUAGAUUAGUAGAAAAGAU